AUGGAAUCAUCACGAAAACGACGAAAAAUAGAGGGAAACUCGUUAACCCCUUCAAAGGCUUAUAUAUUUCCUUCUGGAAUUGUCAAAGCUGAACGAUUGGUGCAAAGAAGUACUCCCGUGGGUUUUCAGAUGGGGCGAGUUCACACCUCGCCCUCGGAAAGACAUGUAUCGUCUCCAAAUCCAGGGCCUUCAAACAGCUUGUAUUUGAGUCAUAGAUGUAAACAUGGAUCUCUGGUACAUGUGGUACCACGGUCGACGGCUCCUGUAUUCACAGAUCAGCAGCCCUCUACGAUUCCUUGGUUCGCCCAAGGUCGAUUUGUGGAGGAGCCGCAACAGAUUGGUUCUGUUAUGGGACACUUUUCUGGAAGAGGCAGACCGUUUGACUCUUCUUUCGAUAUACAGUUACUCCCCAGAGCUCAUAUCCGAAGCCGCUCCGAGGCGAGCGGUUCAUAUUCAACCACGCAGCUUGAUCGAGGAACGCCCCAGAAUUCCAUAUCAACAGUUAGAACUGCAAGCCAAAACACGUCGCUCAACCAGGUUCCACCGAGCAUAACAAACAGUAGCUGGAGCACGAACCCUGCUCAAAGGCCAUGCGAAGAGUUCGCUGCCGAUAGUCCCGAGGAACGGGCUCCAUUGCUCUCGAAUAUUCGCCAACUGACACAACAACGAGAUGCAGUUGGUAGACCCAAAUCAAGUGACCAGCAAACAAUGGCAGAAGAAAGACACGAGAUCUUUCAUAUUGUCAAGUACAAGUGUCUGUGGUGUGUUGCGAUAUCCAUCUUUGUGGGAAUAUUUUUGUGUCUUUUCCUCUAUGCUUUUCACAUUGUCAAAUGA